AUGUUUCAGCAGAUACACGUCGGGUCCCGCCCCGACCGUCAUAAACUUGUCGCAGAAUAUGACGCCGAAAAGAUUGUCUAUACACUAGAGCACGAGAGGUUUCAAGCCAGCCUUUUGCAGCGAUGCCCCGUUAAUUUAUGGCCUGGAGCAGCUCAUGAAACUGCGUGUCCUCGGCCCAUCCUUAUUCAUGAGAUGCACCAACAGCAGCUCGCAGAGCUGCAUGAGGCUUUGACAGCUGGCAUCACGGAUAUUGUGGAAAGGUGGUGGACGGAUCGGGAUGCCCGCUUUCCAGAGCGAAUGCCUCUCGAGAAGCAGGAAGAAGACCUGUUGCGGUGGAUAGAUGACCAGGUCUCCAAAAAUAAGAUUUUGAGGUACCGCGAGUGUCGUGGCUCGUGGAGACCAGACUUCCUUGUUGAGGACAAAAUGGACGAGAAUGGUAGGAAAAUGGAAAAUUUCCGAAUCACCGAGAUUAACGCUCGUUUUUCCUUCAACGCGUUCGUUCUUGGAACGCUUGCACACGAGGGCCUGCAAGAUAUGGGGGUAGGGCACAAUGGCUUAAAAUGUGCAACAGAUCCGGCAAAGUUACUCGAUGGAACAAUCAGCCUUUUCCAACCGGACCUUCCCUUGCACCUGCUGAAGGGCGAAAGAAAAGGGAUGGAUAUCCACAUGCUCCUUCACAUUGUCCGACAACGGUUUGGCCUCACACCUAGGUUGAUCACCCCGGCGCAGCUUAGGCUAUUGCCUCCCACUCACAGCAGUGACGGGUAUAGGCUAUGCUGUGUAGUGGAAGAAACUGAUAAAUUUCUUCAUGGCCCUUCUGCCUUGCUAACAAGUAAGGGCGAGGUGGUCGAGGUGAUCCAACAAGUCGGCCUUGAGCUACAUCAAUCGGAGCUUCUUGCGCUGGAGCCCGAGAUGUUGCGUCAGAUCAGUCUACGUUGUUUCAACGACAUGCGAUCGAUCUUGCUAACACACGACAAGCGGAUGUUGGGUAUACUGAAACAGGAAAUCCCGUCACUAGUAGCACGCAGUGUGAUCACUCGUGCCCAGGCGCAGACUCUUGAUCAAGGAAUUGCGGAGACUAUUCUUCCAGGAUCGCGGGAUCUAGAACGGCUCGUCCUGCUCUCAAUGGGAUCCCCGGGCUUACGGGAAAAGUAUCUCUUGAAGCCCAUUCGGAGCGGCAAGGGGGCUGGAAUUGUUUUUGGUGAUGAAUUCGGGCCUGAAGAAUGGAUCUCCGCCCUGCAGCUUCAGCUGAAGCCGCAGGUUGUUGCGGGGGCCUCCUGCGUGGUACAGCGCCGCAUCACGCCGCGCCUGUAUGAUUUUGUUCUAAAUUCGUCUGGUGUACACGUUUGUUACCCGCUAAUUGGCACAUACUUUGUCGUACAUGGGAGGUUGCUGGGCCUCGGUGGAUGGCGGAGCAGCCCUGACAAAAUCUGUGCUGUCAGCCAUGGAGGGUCCUGGAUAUGUUCAGUGAUGUACGAGGACUGA